AUGGCAACCAUGCGCGCGGUCGACAUCAAGGGCGGAAAGGGCCCCAUCUCGGCUCUCUUCAUCAACCCCGACAUCCCCAAACCCGUGCCCAAGGGCAGUCAGGCUCUCGUGAAAGUCAAGGCCUUCGGUCUCAAUCGCAUGGAUCUCAUGCAGCGCGAGGGGGGCUAUCCGUUACCGCCGCAGGCCGGCCCGAUCAUGGGCGUCGAGUUCUCCGGCACCAUUGAAUCCUUCGGCUGCGAGCCGGAGCUGGGGUUCAACGUCGGCGACGAGGUCUUUGGGCUGGCCUACGGCGGUGCUUAUGCCGAGUACAUCGCCGUCAGCACGCACAUGCUGGUGCACAAGCCCAAGGAACUCAGCUGGGAAGAGGCCGCGGGUAUUCCCGAGACGUGGAUCACCGCCACCCAAGCGCUGUACCUGGUCGGCGAGUUCAAGCCGGGCAUGUCUGUGCUGUGGCACGCGGGCGCAUCGAGCGUGUCCAUCGCGGGCAUCCAGCUGUCCAAAGCCGACAACGCCUCGGCCAUCUACGUGACGGCGAGCUCGCGGGAGAAGAUCGAGUUCUGCAAGACGCUCGGCGCGACCGAGGGCUUCUCGUACAAGGAAGGCGACUGGGCGCAGGCCCUGCUCAAGUACACGGGCGGCAAGGGCGUGGACCUGAUCGUCGACUUCAUCGGGGCCGGGUACUUUGAUCAAAACCUCGAGGCCGCCGCGCGCGACGCCCACAUUGUCAACCUGGGCAAUCUGGGCGGCAACGUCGUGCAGAAGCCUGUCGACAUCUCGCGCUUCCUGCGCAAACGCCUCCGCUACGAAGGCUCCAGCCUCCGCAGCCGCGACGAAACUUACCAGGGCCGGCUGCGCGACAUGCUCGUCGAGCACGCCCUGCCCAGGUUCAUCGACGGCCGCUUCAAGGUCAUUGUCGAAAAGGUCUUCAAGAUGGAGGACAUCCAGGACGCCCACAGGAUGUUGGAGAGUAACCAGACCAUGGGCAAGUUGAUCUGCACCGUGGAUUAG